AUGCCCCCAAAACGCACAGAAAUGUACAAGAAUCAGACUUGGAAAAACCCAGACCAGCCUCAGCGCAACCAGCGCCGACCUCAGGCGGGGAGCCAGGCGACCGAGGGGAGCAACGAGCCUCAGCAGGGAAACCAAGAACCUCAAGAACCUCAGCAGGCAACCCAACCGCCUCAGCCUCAGCAGGGGGGCAACCAGGCGCCUCGGAACCCAAGCCAGCCUCAGCAUCCUCGACCUCGGAGGGACCAACCACCUCAGAGAAGCCAAGAGCAGCAGGGGAGCCAGGAGCUGCCAGGAAACCAAGAGCCUCAGGUGACCCAGAGCAACUCAAACCACCAGCGCCAUCGACCUCCGACGAGGGACCGAGCGCCUCACGUUGAUCAAGCACCUCAAGUGAACCAGGCAACUCAGGACGUGUCUCUUCCCCAGAGAUCUGAAGGUACUUCGAGGUACGUGCCUCCCUACAUGAGGCAUGAAAGUACUUCGAGGGACCAAAACGAGACUUCUCAGCAGAGGUACGUGCCUCUCCCCAUGAGGCAUGACAGAAACACUCCGAGAAACCCUCGAGGAGACCAAAUCCCUCACAUGACGUUCUUCCGACGCUGA